AUGGAGGAUGCACACGCCGUCGUCCUCGACCUGCAAGCCAAACACCUAGACAAGACUCACCAUCCUACCGACCCUGAUAAGCGUUUAUCCUUUUUUGGCGUCUACGACGGCCACGGCGGUGAUAGGGUCGCCCUGUUUGCAGGAGAAAAUGUCCACCGCAUCAUUACUCAACAAGCCGCUUUUGCAGAAGGGGAUAUCGAGCAGGCUCUGAAGGAUGGCUUUUUGGCGACUGAUCGGGCUAUUCUGGAAGAAGAUGAUGAGUUCCUUGUGAUUGCUUGCGAUGGCAUCUGGGAUUGCCAGACCUCACAGGAGGUUAUUGAGUUUGUUAGACGGGGUAUUGCUGCGAAGCAGGAGUUACAUCUGAUUUGUGAAAAUAUGAUGGAUAAUUGCUUGGCUUCUACUACCGAAGGCGGGGGUGUGGGCUGCGAUAAUAUGACGAUGAUCAUCGUUGGGCUGCUCCAGGGUAAGACUAAGGAGGAGUGGUACAAGUGCAUUGCAGACCGAGUUGCAAGGGGCGACGGCCCUUGCGCCCCACCUGAAUAUGCUGAAUUCCGAGGUCCUGGCACCCGCCGUCGUGAACUCGCCGAAGCCCGACGCGCCUAUCAAUCCGACAUCGACCCACAAUUAGGUAGCGGUAGUUCAGGUAGAGUCAUCCUGCUAGGUAAUGGCCGCCAAUUGCUGACCCACUUCAACAACGUUGAUUAUGAUUCCUCCGAUGAAGAGGAUUGUUAUAAUAUGUUCGAUAAUGACGAGGAGGAUGAGGAUGAGGAUGAGGAUGAGGAUGACGAUCUUGAGAGCCAGGUGCGUAAAGGCGAUGCGAAAUCCGCUGCAGAUGAUACCGUCAAUGAAAGACCGGGAGGAAGCCCGGCAUCCCAACGACAGCAACAACAGCAACAGCAACAAUCGAAUCGCCAAAGUACACCUAACACGCAGUCGGAGUCACCUGCUGUAAUCUCUGCAUCCCCAUCCUCGACUACCCCCAAUGAUGUUUUGCCUGGCAAAGAGAAACCGUCUACGUCAUGA